UAAAGGUCACCAAGACAACCUAAAGGUGACCAGAGGUCCCCAAGACAAGGCAGACGGUUACCAGGCAUCACCAAGAUCGCCAGUAUCAGGGGCACCAGCCGCCAGAGAUCUCACCAGAUUAGAUCAAGAGAACCAAACAGGUCAGGCAUCAGCUGCUGCCUCCCACAAUGCCUCUCCGCCUCCCUCUGGCAGUACUCUCCCAGUCCUGGUGCCAGGCACUGUUUGGCCUCACACGCACUCAUCCGACGCCCUCAAGUCUAUCCUGGCCUCACCAGGUAGUCUCAAGCCAAGUCUGGAACUUGACUGGCAACCUUCAGCCUCAUCUGGAACUUGACCGGCAACCUCUAGCUUCAUUGGAAUUCACGUGGUAACUUACUGAUGGAGCGCGGGGAGGCGGCGUGCCGCGUGUGUGGAGACAAGGCCUCGGGCAAGCACUACGGCGUGCCCUCCUGCGACGGGUGCCGCGGCUUCUUCAAGAGGUCCAUCAGACGCUACAGGAACAAUGUCUGCUACUUCAGGACGCUGGAUUACGUCUGCAAGGAGGCUGGCACCUGUGUGGUGGAUGUCACCAGGAGGAACCAGUGCCAGGCUUGUCGCUUCAAGAAGUGCCUCGACGUCAACAUGAAGAAGGACGCUGUGCAACACGAGCGGGCGCCUCGUUCCUGCCAGAAGAGACCCAUGUUCGCCCCAGACAUGCCAGGGGCGGCAGGGUUUCCCCCCGUGUCAGUGGGUGGCAGCACAGGCUUGCCGCCCCUGCCACCCUACUACCCGGCUCUGCUGCCGCCCAUGCCCUUCAAGCCGCCCUUCUUGCCCAUGACGCCGUCCAUGGCACCCCUCAACCUACACUUCAGCCAUAACUCUGCAUUCAAGCCUAACCUAGCCAUCCUGGGUGGCGAGCUGCGCCGCCCGUACUCAGACACCGCCCUUCAUCACUCCCCUUCGCCGCCCAUCGACUCAAAGCCCCCAAUCAGCGAACGUCUGGAGUACAAGCCACACACCGGGGAGCGUCUGGAGUUCAAGCCGCCACUGAGCGAGCGCCUUGGCCUGAAGCCACCAAUCAUAGAUCGUCUUGAGCUGAAACCGCCAACGGUCGAUCACCGACAGCCAAUCAGCAAUUUGGCGGAGAUUUGCCGCGCGACCAAUGGAGGCUCGGCGUUCAGCCCCCCGCGCCGCGGCACGUCCCCUCCCAGCGAGACAGAGGUGAACAGCUCCGACUUCGCUAGGACCAUUGUGAACACUUCCUGCGCCGCCGCCGCUGCCGCCAUCAUCCGCUACAACACCUCCACCGCCAGCAACAACAAUAACAACAACAGUGACAGAGUCAACAACAACAACCUCAGCGUGUUUUCUACAGACAACUGUAACAAGACCACUGACAAGCCAGAAUCCGGCACCCCACAUUCUAGAGAAGCCAAGGCACCGACGCCCUCGCCGGCCAGUCCGCCCACCACGCCCUCUCCAAGCAGCGGCCCUACUACGCCCAUCAGCGCAGCCCACCACGGCGCAGCGCCGCCCAUCACCAUCGACCCUGGCGCCCUGGUGAUCACGCCCUCAGACAGCGUCUACGAGAACGCCGCCAAGCUGCUGUUCCUGGGAGUGAAGUGGGCGAGGUCCAUCCCCUCUUUCAUGCAGCUACCGUUCCGUGACCAGGCCAUCCUGCUGGAGGAGUCGUGGAGUGAACUCUUCGUCGUCGCCGCCGCCCAGUGGUCGCUUCCCCUCGACGAAGGAAGCCUGGUGCGGGGAGCAGGUGUGUCAGUGGAGCAGGAGGCCGGCCUGGCCCGCGAGGUGGAGGCCAUGCGCGAUGUCAUCACCAGACUACACGCCCUCAGGGUCGACCACACCGAGUACGCCUGCCUCAAGGCUCUCAUCCUCUUUCGUCCAGAGGCCCGGGGCCUGCGGGACGGGUACGGUGUCGAGGUAUUGCAGGAUCAAACCCAGCUGAUGCUUCAUGAGUACCUGGCAAGCAAGGUGUGUGGCGCCGGGGGCAGAGUGCGUGCCGGCAAGCUCCUCCUGCUGCUGCCUGCUCUUGGCCACGUCUCCGCCACCGCCGUCCAGGAGAUCUUCUUCAAGCGCACCGUCGGUAAUACACCCAUUGAACGCGUCCUCUGCGACAUGUUCAAGUCCAGUUGAGGACCUGUGCCAUACGCCCAACUUACCGUGAGGAACGCUGUAGAACGCGCUCAAGUUUGGGCCCAAUUGUUCAGAAACUAUGUCUAGAAGCUGUGUCACCCCAAAGAUGAAGUUUAAGUUUUAUGACACCUGUGUACAGUGCAAGAAUCAACUAACCAAAGUUAGUGUAAGUUGUGACCAUAUUCAAGGAAUCACUUUAAACAUUUGCAGUUAUCAGCCCAAAGUCUGAAAGUACUGGAGGAGUGACUUGAGUCCAUCGUUCAGGGCCUUCAAUACCCCAUAGACUCGUGACGUUAAAAGUCAAAGAUUGUAUAAGUCUUACCUCGGACAGUGUGUUAUGAUUCACCUGAUGUGUUAUUAGUGAGUGUUCACGUGUGUGUGUGUGUGGGUGUUGCACCAGCGUGUCCCAGAGCCAUCGUCAGCUAACCCGUCCUCAUACCAAGUCUAUUCCAUCCAGCGGUCGACCCAACGACGCAGUCGUCAAUUUUUAACACGCUGUUCAUUCAAAAUCGAAAUUCUGUUAAACAUAAAUUAAUAUUGUUAAAUAUUAGCAAUUGUGGAUAUUUUAGGCAUUGGUUAGGUUAGGUGUUUAGGCUCUGUUGGCGAUUAUUUGUAUUUGUAGUACGUGGGUGAAGCAUUUACAAGAGUUGUGGUUCGAACAGAGAACGUGAGCGAAGCACUUUUUUCGAGAAGUGUUGGAACGUCAUCAGCUGUGAGUCGUGUGUAAACCGUUUUUCAUUCAGUACUAUGGCCAAAUUUGGACGUAAUUUGAAAUGAAAUCGACUCACAAAAGUGACGUACUGUUCCGUUUUCUGUUUGAGUCGUCCGGC